AUGCCGAUUCGUGAGCUGACAUCCGCUACGAUUCCACCGCGAUCCGACGCUGACAAUGGCACCGUCGCCAUCGCCAUCUCGCAGCCGCCCCCGGCCGCCGCCGGCGCUACGAUUCGCGCUCUCUGUCGCGCUCUCGGUCCAGAUCUAGAUCCAUCUCGAUAUCAAGGUCAAGGUCACGGUCACGGUCACUCUCUCGGUCGCGAUCAGAUUCACGUUCACGAUCACGAUCACGUUCAUACACCCCGCCUCGCCGUAAUGGCCGUCACAGGAGCAGCAGUCGGGACAGAAGCCGAGACCGCAGCAGGGACAGUCGCUCGCCCAGCGACAGCCCUCCCAGAUACACAAAGCCAAAUUGAAGUGCAACUGGGCUUACUGAUGCCCGGUGGACAGAUUGUGGUGGAGAGGCUCUCCAAGAACGUCAACGAAGACCAUCUCUUUGAGAUAUUCGGCCAGUUUGGUCCAAUCUACGACCUCGACCUUCCAAUGAACAGAACCUUCGGAACCAACCGCGGCACCGCAUACAUCCUCUACGACCACCACGCCGACGCCGAAGCCGCCAUUGAACACAUGCACGAGGCGCAAAUCGACGGCUCCACGAUCAACGUGUCCAUCUCGACGCAGCGCAGCAAGCUCUCUCCCGAACCCCCGAUGGCCCGCCGCAACGCAAACAUGAACGCCCGAGCCCCCUUUCACCACAGCUCUCGCGGACGUGGCCCUCCUUCUGGCCCUCAGGGCGGACGGCGGUACGGUCCUCGAUCCGACGUAUACCGGCCGAAUCCCUUGUCGCCCGGUCGAUCGCGGUCUCCUCGGGGUGCUCCUCCUUCUCGCGGUGGCGCAGGUCGGCGGUAUCGCAGCCGGUCCCGCGGUUCGUAUUCGUCUCGAUCGAGGUCGAGAUCUAGAUCGCCGCUGCCCAGGCGGCGGGGAGGAGGGAACGGACCGCAGUCGAAGCCGCAGUCGAAGCCGGAGCCCGAACCGCAGCCGCAGCUACGACAGUGCACGGAGCGAUUCACGGAGUCGAGGACGGAAUUACAGAGGACGGGGCUGACGCUGGUAGAUGCUCUAUCGUCUUAUAAUGUGUGCUUGUGUGCGGAGUUGUAUGGGCUAGACCAGCUUUUGCUGAUGGGAUGA